AUGUGUGUGCCGCCUGACCCACGUAUAGAGUCUGCUGCUCUAGGUGCUGGUGAAGCUGCUGCUCUAGGUGCUAGUGAGUCUGCUGCUCCAGGUGCUGGUGAGUCUGCUCUCUCUGGUACUACGCCUGCUGAGGCCUUGCACACCUUCACACUUGACUCCGCUCAGUCGGCCGGUUGCAGUCUCCCUGGCGGACCCCUCUGGGGGCCCAGUCCUUGCGCACUCCUCCACAGUCCUGCCGUGUCCGGCGGUCCCGUCUGGCUCUCUGUCGGGUCUUCACCUCCCCUCGUUCUCUACGAACUUGAGACUCUGCCUCCUCUCCCACCCUUGCCUGCCCCUCCCUGCCUUCCCUGUGUCGAGGGACGGCAGCGCGCCGCUCCUCACUCCUCCUCGUUCCCCCCGACGACUGCUCCCCUGCAGACCCUACACAUGGACGUGUGGGGCCCAGCCCGCGUCCGUGGACAGGACCGCGAGCGGUACUUUUUGCUGGUCGUUGACGACUACACGCGUUACACCACGGUCUUCCCCUUGCGCACCAAGGGUGAGGUCCCUGAUGUUUUGAUCCCUUGGAUCCGCGCUGCCCGUCUCCAGCUCCGCGAGCGGUUCGAGACGGACUGUCCAGUCCUGCGUCUGCACUCUGACAGAGGUGGUGAGUUUGCCUCUGACUUUCUGCGGGACUUCUGUCGUGGGGAGGGCAUUCGCCAGACAUUCACGCUCCCGGCCUCACCGCAGCAGAAUGGGGUUGCUGAGCGCCGCAUUGGCUUAGUCAUGGAGGUCGCUCGUACCUCCAUGGUCCAUGCGGCUGCCCCCCAUUUUCUGUGGCCGUUUGCGGUCCGAUACGCUGCGCAUCAGCUCAACCUCUGGCCCCGUGUCUCCUUCCCGGAGACCUCGCCCACCCUGCGGUGGACGGGGAAAGUUGGCGAUGCGUCGGUGUUCCGGGUUUGGGGUUCUCGUGCCUUUGUCCGCGAUACUACCGCGGACAAGUUCUCCGCCCGCGCUAUUCCCUGCGUCUUCCUUGGCUUUGUCCCUGACGCGCCUGGCUGGCAGUUUUACCACCCCACCUCGCGCCGUGUCCUGCCCUCUCAGGACGUCAUGUUUGACGAGUCGGUUCCCUUUUACCGUCUCUUCCCCUACCGCACUGCCUCUCUCCCCCCCCCCCCGCUCUUCCUUACACCAGGUCCUCCUCCGGUAGACCCCCUCCCCCCUCAGGGUCCUGCUCCCUCAGGUGUGUCUCAGGUAGACGCUGUCGAGCCUGUCGAGGUAGCGGUUGACUCUGGUGCUGCUCCUGGGGGUGGUGCUGCUGGAGGUGCUGAGCCUGAGCGUGCGGAGCCUGGGGGUGCUGAGCGUGAGCGUGUGGAGCCUGGGGGUGCUGAGCCUGAGCGUGUUGCUGAGACUGGGGGUGCUGAGUCUGCUGGAGUUCCUGCAGGUGCCUCGUCUCGGCGGGAGCCUCUCUCUCCACCGCAGCUGCGCGAGUGGUUUGCUCGCCGCUGGAGACUCCAGCGAGGUGCUGCUGGAGCUGGAGCUGCUGGAGGUACUGCUGGUGCUGGAGCUGCUGGAGGUCCUGGAGCCGCUGGUCCCGGUGGUGCUCGUACUGGAGGUACUGGAGCUGCUGGAGCUGGAGGUGCUGCUGGAGCUGGAGCUACUGGAGGUACUGCUGGUGCUGGAGCUGCUGGAGGUCCUGGAGCCGCUGGUCCUGGGGGUGCUCGUACUGGAGGUACAGGAGCUGCUGCAGCUGGAGGUGCUCCUGGAGCUGGAGCUGCCGGAGGUCCGAGUGGUGCUGGAGCUGCUAGAGGUACUGGAGCCGCUGGUCCCGGAGGUGCUUGUACUGGAGGUACUGGAGCUGCUGGGGCUGGUGGUGCUGCAGGAGUUGGAGCUGGAGGCGCUGGAGCUGGAGCUGCUGGAGGUGCUGGAGCUGGUGGUGCUGCGGGAGUUGGAUCUGGAGACCCUUGA